AGCCGCAGAGAGUUUUCUUUGAGCUGCCGCAUACCCCGUGUUGCUAGCUCACGGCUACUCUAUCGCCUGCUCGUAGGAGGCUACAGCUCUAUCCGUUCGUGCACCCACCUGUCAGCCAUCGGACAGGUGUCGCUAUCCUUGAGCCACCAUGUCGCCACGACCUAUCCUCAAAAGAGAUCCGCCCUCCAUCAUCCCGUCCAACCCCCUUCCUUUUGCGACAUGUCCAACUCUAUUCUCCCCCAAAGUCCACUUCCCCCCUACGCCGACGAUGACUUCCACACAUCCCGCCUUCUCGCCACUGACUUACGAUAGGGCGCCCAUAGUGGUAUCGCCCAACGUAUGCGCGUUACCUGAGCGGGGGGAGAGGGACGUCUAUGCUCCUGCCGAUGGCGAACCGUCAGGUUCCAGUGCGGAGAGGCCCCGAGGACGGUCACGAACCAAGAAGGCAGUCAGCAUCAAGGGGAGCUACUUCAAUCCUCGAGCAUACGAGGCUUGCGAGGUGGAACCACCUGCUGGUCACAUCGGCGGAGACGACGCUGACUAUGACGUCGAGUCAAUACCCCUUCCCCCCGCCGCGAUUCCCCUCCCGCCACCGCUGGUCCAGGACAUCUCCUCUUCUGAGUCCGAUGAGUCCGACGUCACAACACCUCCCGAUAUUCAUUUGCAGCCGCCACCACUAUCAUCCUCACGCAAACCCCAACACCCCAAUGCUCACUAUCACCCGCCUUCUAUACGCCCGCUCAACACAGCGUUCGCUUCGAAAGCGGACAUGAACUCCGCCUUGUCGUUCCUGCCCCAUCCUCCUACUUCCCCCGCAAGGGAAAAAGUACCAAUCCUUAAAGAGGAUCGGAGGAAGCGAGAUUCUACCCCCGCAAGGCCGUGUAGACCCUCGUUGAAGCGCACCACCAGUGCGUUUGCGGAGCCUCCACUGGAAGGCUGUCUGGGCGGCUUCUGACUGGAGACAAUCGUUUUCCGUAGAGGUCAUUGAUCUAGGUAUUGUAGGAUUGUUGGUUGUUUGCUGUAUUUUUACCUUUCUUAUUGGCUAUACCCCCGGUUUUUGGUAUUACCUUACGCUCGUCAGCCUGCCCUGACUGCCAGAAUGCCAUGGGAUGGAGGUCACCUUGAAUUCCGAGUCCCUUACGACCGUCUUACGACCUUCCCUCCACACUUCGACCAUUUAUUUGUUGCUGCUCUGACACGAACGGAUAACAGCAUGGAUCAUGGCCGUCAUCACAUCUAAUGACCCCCCUCCCUGUUAUCGUUUGCAGUAGUUACAGUACCGUCUCUGCAUUCGUU